UUGGAAUAUACGAAGAUCCAUACAAGGCACAGUGACAUAAAACCGCGGUGCCUGCACUGACACAGUGGGUGCAGAGUGCCAGCUGGGGCCCCGCGGUGGAUUCCACUUAGAUUUUGGAGGGUUUGACUGCAUGGUGCCAUAAGUCUCCGGGAACACACUUAACAUACCACUGACUGAAAGCCUGGUCUCCUCCAUCCCUUUAUUUCUCACCCAAGCUCUUGCAUGUCUAAUUUUUAGACAUGUUCAGCUUUGUGGACUCAAGGACUGUUCUGCUACUUGUAGCAUCCCAAGUUGUUUUACUAUCCGUGGUCAGAUGUCAGGAAGAGGAUGACCAGGAGUCAGGGGGUUGCAUCCAGGAUGGCCAGCUGUAUAAUGAUAAGGAUGUGUGGAAGCCAGAGCCGUGUCGUAUCUGUGUGUGUGACAGCGGAGCAGUUCUGUGUGAUGAGAUAAUCUGCGAGGAGAUCAAAGAGUGUGCCAACCCUAUCAUCCCAUCUGGAGAGUGCUGUCCCAUCUGCCCUGCUGAUACCAGUGCCCCCUUUGAAACAAUUGGUGCUAAGGGCCAGAAAGGAGAACCAGGAGACAUUGCAGAUGUUGUAGGACCAAGAGGACCACCAGGCCCUAUGGGCCCCUCAGGUGAGCAGGGACCACGAGGAGAAGCUGGCGCUAAAGGUGAUAAGGGAAAUCCUGGACCUGGAGGAAGAGAUGGUGAGCCUGGCACCCCCGGAAACCCCGGCCCACCUGGCCCACCUGGACCACCAGGACUCGGAGGGAACUUUGCUGCUCAGAUGGCUCAGGGUUUUGAUGAGAAGGCUGGAGGAGCUCAAAUGGGUGUGAUGCAGGGACCAAUGGGUCCUAUGGGUCCUCGGGGUCCUCCUGGGCCUAGCGGAGCUCCUGGGCCACAAGGUUUCCAAGGGCCCCCCGGAGAGGCUGGAGAGCCCGGUCCUGCUGGACCUAUGGGACCUCGUGGACCACCUGGACCUUCAGGAAAACCAGGAAGUGAUGGUGAAUCUGGCAAACCUGGCAAACCUGGUGAGCGUGGACCGGCAGGGCCUCAGGGAGCUCGUGGAUUCCCUGGAACUCCUGGACUUCCUGGCAUCAAAGGACACAGAGGUCACCCUGGUCUAGAUGGAGCUAAAGGAGAGACCGGUGCUGCAGGAGCCAAGGGUGAGGCUGGUGCUCCUGGAGAGAACGGUGCCCCUGGACCCAUGGGUCCACGUGGUCUGCCUGGUGAGAGAGGACGUCCUGGAGCUGCUGGAGCUGCAGGUGCCCGUGGAAAUGAUGGCUUGCCUGGCCCUGCCGGUCCACCUGGACCAGUGGGUCCUGCUGGAGCUCCCGGUUUUCCAGGAUCCCCAGGAGCAAAGGGAGAGGCUGGUCCUACUGGCGGCCGUGGCCCUGAAGGACCCCAGGGGCCACGUGGAGAGGCUGGUACCCCAGGAUCGCCCGGACCUGCUGGAGCAUCGGGUAACCCUGGUACUGAUGGUAUUCCCGGAGCUAAAGGAUCUGCUGGUGCUCCUGGCAUUGCUGGUGCUCCUGGAUUCCCCGGCCCCCGUGGCCCACCUGGACCUCAGGGAGCAACAGGACCUCUAGGGCCCAAAGGACAGGCUGGAGACCCAGGUCUUCCUGGAUUCAAAGGUGAAGCUGGACCGAAGGGAGAGCUUGGCCCUAUUGGUCCUCUAGGUCCCCCUGGCCCUCCAGGGGAAGAAGGAAAGAGAGGUGCCAGGGGAGAGCCUGGAGGUGCUGGACCAAUUGGACCUCCCGGAGAGAGAGGAGCCCCUGGAAACCGUGGUUUCCCUGGACAGGAUGGUCUUGCUGGUGCAAAGGGUGUCCCUGGAGACCGUGGUGUUCCUGGUGCUUCUGGGGCUAAAGGCGCUACUGGAGAACCUGGACGCACAGGAGAGUCUGGUCUCCCUGGAGCCAGAGGUCUUACUGGUCGUCCUGGAGAUGCUGGUCCUCAAGGCAAAGUUGGACCUGCUGGUACCCCUGGUGAUGAUGGCCGCCCUGGCCCACCUGGUCCUCAGGGAGCCCGUGGUCAGCCAGGAGUGAUGGGAUUCCCUGGACCAAAGGGAGCCAAUGGUGAGCCUGGAAAGCCUGGAGAGAAGGGACUGGUGGGUCGCCCAGGUCUGAGAGGUCUGCCCGGAAAAGAUGGAGAGACUGGUCCUGCUGGCCCUAAUGGGCCUGCUGGACCUGCUGGAGAGAGAGGAGAACAAGGACCUACUGGACCUCCUGGCUUCCAGGGUCUACCUGGACCAUCUGGUGCCCCGGGAGAAGCUGGAAAAUCUGGAGAGCCGGGUCUUCCUGGAGAGGGUGGAGCUCCUGGUGCUGUUGGACCCAGAGGCGAACGUGGUUUCCCUGGUGAGAGAGGUGGUGCAGGACCCCAGGGUCUUCAGGGACCUCGUGGACUUCCUGGAACACCAGGCAGCGAUGGACCCAAGGGAGCUAUUGGACCAGCUGGCUCUCCUGGAACCCAGGGACCCCCAGGCCUGCAAGGUAUGCCAGGAGAGAGAGGAGCUGCUGGUAUCACAGGACCCAAGGGAGACAGAGGUGACAAUGGUGCAAAAGGAACUGAGGGUGCUUCUGGAAAGGAUGGUGCUAGAGGUUUGACUGGUCCUAUUGGUCCUCCUGGCCCAGCUGGACCCAAUGGUGCCAAGGGUGAGACUGGACCUACUGGGCCUGUUGGUGUUACUGGUGCUCGUGGUGCUCCUGGUGACCGUGGUGAAGUUGGUCCUCCUGGGCCUGCUGGUUUUGCUGGACCUCCUGGUGCUGAUGGUCAGCCUGGUGCUAAGGGAGAGCUUGGUGAGCGUGGACAGAAAGGAGAGUCUGGUUCUUCUGGACCUCAGGGACCAUCUGGUGCUCCUGGACCUGUGGGACCUACCGGUGUAUCUGGAUCUAAAGGAGCACGCGGCGCUCAGGGACCUCCUGGUACCACAGGUUUCCCUGGUGCUGCUGGCAGAGUUGGACUUCCUGGUCCUAAUGGUAACCCUGGCCCUGUUGGUCCUCCUGGCCCCGCUGGUAAAGAUGGACCAAAGGGUGUUCGUGGUGAUGCCGGCCCUCCAGGAAGACCAGGAGAUGCUGGGCUUCGUGGACCACCAGGCCUACAGGGAGAGAAAGGAGAGCCUGGAGAGGAAGGGAAGCCUGGUACUGAAGGGCCCUCGGGUCCCCAGGGUUUGGCUGGCUCCCGUGGUAUUGUUGGUUUGCCUGGGCAACGUGGAGAGAGAGGCUUCCCUGGUCUUCCUGGACCUUCUGGAGAGCCUGGUAAACAGGGUGCUUCUGGUUCUGCUGGUGACCGCGGACCUCCUGGACCAGUUGGGCCUCCUGGACUUAGUGGACCUUCUGGGGAGCCUGGUAGAGAGGGUACCCCUGGAUCAGAUGGACCCCCUGGUAGGGAUGGAUCUCCUGGACUCAAGGGAGAGCGAGGUAACACCGGUCCUGCUGGCGCUCCCGGAGCUCCUGGCCGCCCUGGUCCCCCUGGCCCUGUAGGACCCCUGGGCAAGCAGGGAGACAGAGGAGAUGCUGGUACUCAAGGACCUGCAGGACCCCCAGGACCAGCUGGAGCUAGAGGAAUGGCUGGACCUCAAGGACCACGUGGAGACAAAGGAGAAGCUGGAGAGGCUGGAGAGAGGGGGCAGAAGGGUCACCGUGGCUUCACUGGUCUGCAGGGUCUUCCCGGACCCCCUGGUCAAUCUGGAGAUUCUGGACCUGCCGGACCUGCAGGACCAAGCGGUGCUAAGGGACCCCCUGGACCAGCCGGACCUGCUGGCAAAGAUGGAACUAAUGGACAGCCCGGUCCCAUUGGACCUCCUGGACCUCGUGGGCGCUCUGGAGAAUCUGGUCCUGCUGGUCCUCCUGGUAAUCCCGGACCCCCUGGUCCUCCCGGGCCACCUGGCCCUGGCAUCGACAUGUCUGCUUUUGCUGGCCUGGGUCAGGUGGAGAAGGGCCCCGAUCCUCUCAGGUACAUGAGGGCUGAUGAGGCAUCCAGCUCUGUGAGGCAGCAUGACAUUGAGGUCGAUUCAACACUAAAGUCCAUCAUCAACCAGAUUGAUAACCUGCGAAGCCCUGACGGCUCACAGAAGAAUCCCGCUCGUACCUGCAGAGACCUCAAACUGUGCCAUCCUGAGUGGAAGAGCGGUGAGUACUGGGUUGAUCCUAACAUUGGCAGCACAGCUGAUGCCAUCAAGGUCUUCUGUAACAUGGAGACCGGAGAGACCUGUGUCUAUCCAAGCAUCCCCAAGGUACCAAAGAAGAACUGGUGGACGAGCAAGAGCAAGGAACGCAAACACGUCUGGUUCGGAGAGACAAUGAAUGGAGGAUUCCAUUUCAACUACGCUCAGGAAGGCUCUGCUGGCGUCGCUGCCAGCGUCCAGCUGACCUUCUUGAGGCUUCUGUCCAAUGAAGCAUCCCAGAACGUCACUUACCACUGCAAGAACAGCAUUGCCUACCUGGACCAGGCCACCGGCAACCUGAAGAAGGCUCUGCUGCUACAGGGUUACAAUGAGGUGGAGAUCCGUGCAGAGGGCAACAGUCGGUUCACUUACAAUGUGUUGGAGGAUGGCUGCAAGACACAUACAGGCCAGUGGGGCAAGACUGUCUUUGAGUACAAAACACAGAAAACCUCCCGUCUACCAAUCACGGACAUUGCUCCUUUGGACAUCGGAGGAGCAGAUCAGGAGUUCGGAGUGGAUGUAGGCCCUGUCUGCUUUAUCUAAAGCGGAGUUUCACGAUGGCCCCCCAAAACACAGGAAAUAAAUAAACUAAACCAUGAAACAUUACACACAUGCCCACAAUAAAGAAGACUGGAAAUUAUAAAAGAAAAUUUAUCGUUUUUUUCUCUCACUACAAAGUGCUCUCCAAGGUGUACUCCUUGGAUGUUAGCACUGAAGGGCACCGGCAAUAUCUGUACACCACACCAGCACUCUCUGUCAACCCGCUUCCUGAGAUCCAGUCAUGUUUCCCAUGGCCCGCUGUUGACAGGAAUGAGUCAGAGCCAAGAGGAAGAGGCACAGAGCGAACAAGUUAUGAACAGAAACAUGGCUUGAUGUCACUUAUUUAUUGUUUAACCUGAAUAGGAAGAGCUGAGGUAGGACUGGACGGGUUUUCUUUGUAAGUAAGCCAAGCCCCCUUUUCCACUACAACCUCUGUCGCAGUCCUACUCCACCUCCCUCCCUGUUUCUCUCCUGACACACAAAUAUUGCAUUUUGAAUCCGUGUAGACCAAUAAAAAAAAAAAAAUCUCAGUAGGUGAAAGUGUGAGCUCCAGGCCCGUCCAUCGUGAGCGGGAGCAGAAGCUUUUACUGUGUAUUAUAAAUCCUUGGUUCCAUUGUUGUAAAAGUCUGUGUUUAUAAACAACCAGAUGGUUUUAUAUAUAUUUCCACAUUAUGUGUGUACAUGUGUCUAGAUGCGCACCAACACUUUUUGGAAAGUGAGGUUACAUUUGGGAUGUAUGUUUCCAGUGUCCUGUACCCUUGACUGGCCAUCACAAGAAGUCCCAGUUUGUACCCCCCCACCCCCCACCCCACCCCACCCCAACCACCACGACCCAAGGAAAAAAAAAAAAGAAAUUUAUUUUGAAGAAGAAUUUGUUUUGCUUUUUUUUCUUAUUGUAGUCAUCCAGAUUGUUCAAAGCUACCUCACACUGACAAACAAAGUGAAAAUGUUGAAUUCAAAUCUGAGCUGACCAAACCUUUAGCUUUCAGAUGGAUCUAGAGCUUGAACCGCCAUCUUUGCUUUGGGUUGCUCUGUAUUCGGAAGGUGCUAUGACGACUUCUGCGCCUGAGAUGAUAACAAAAAAACAAAAACGAAGAUCCAUCACUGUAACAGUGACAGAUAUAACAGAAAAUAAGGAAAAGCAUAAUAGGUGGCCUUUAAGUGAAAACCUGGACUGGACAGGUGUUAUGUUGUUCGUGUAAAGUAAUUUCAGUCCUUGUAUUUCUAGAUCGCAGCGCUGCAUUUGGGUCAGUGUCUCUAUACUUAAACACACAUUCUGUCUGUUUUGCUAUCAGUAUGAGAGAAAGAGCUCAAUUCGUAGCUUUCUUUUACCUUCAGUUCACCCCCCACCACACUAAUGACUUAGAUCUAGAGCUUGAAAUCACCAGUCGCAUCUCUGACCCCCACCCCCAAUAGCUUCACACCACACACUCACACUCCACCCUGGAGGGAGGGGUGCAGUCAGGUAAAGACAGGAGAGACAGGCGAGCUCGGAGGCCUCCUGUGGUGUCCACACCUCCACAGCUGAAUGUGGACCUCCAUCAACAGCCCCUCAGAAGCUACCAGGGUGGGUUGUCUCUGUGUGUGUAAAGGGUGUGUACAUUAAAAAAAAUUUAAUUUUAUAAUGACCAUGAUCAUUUUUGUUUUUAUUUUGCUACACUUCACAUUGAUGUAAAUUGAAUAAUAAAAGGAAAACUGAA